UGUGUUUUUCCCGUACAACCUCUGCGAACGGAAGCGCGUGGUCCAUUUCUCCGAUGUUUAGUGUCAAAAUGGCAGCUUGCGUGGCUCGGAGGCUGGGACCUCGGCUGGCAAAAAUUGCUUCGGUGUCUCGGACCUUCCACUGCAGUACUGUGGAUCAGUCUGGUGGGGCCUGGAGAGUGAACACUGCAAAUGACUUUGCCCUCUGUAUACUUCCUUCCAGGCACGGUUUCCCUAUAAACCCUUCACAUUACGGACCCUUAACAGACCUUCCCGACUGGUCGUUUGCUGAUGGGCGGCCAGCCCCACCGAUGAAAAAUCAUCUCCGUCGGAAGGAAAAGAACGAAAACUUGGCUCGUCGGAUAGCCAUGAUCUCCGCAGAAAUGGAUCAGGGGGUGGAGAAGUGGAAAGCUAAGCAGAAUGAACGAGAGCAACAGGCAGAGGAAAAGCGACGCAACAGACUUCAACCUAAAGGAAACUCCCAAAAGCAAGACCCCAAAUAAACACGUUCCCUCCCCCACAUACACAUCCCUCCAAU